GACCUAAAAUUUGCCGAGAAUCGAUAUAAAAUAAAUGUUGAAUUAAGUGUCGUUACUGAUAAAACGGUCAUGACAGGAAAGACUACCGAAAAAUUUACAAGAACUACUGUUAAUAAUGAACGAGAAGAAAACAAACAGGAAGAAAGUAAACAGGAAGAAAAUAAACCGGAAGAAAAUAAACAGGAAGAAAAUGAAGGCGGAGAUGUAAUUGUCGAUGAAAGUAGUGUUAGUAAAAUUCGUCUCUGGUAA